AUGGCUCGGCGGCGUUACAACCGUGUGCGCCUCUUCCAGAUUGGCGAGCCGUCGCAGGUGGUCUUUGAUGAGGUGCACUUUGGCAAAUUUGCCGCGUACUACGUGACGCGGCGCUACUUUUUCGAUGUGCACCCCCCGCUCGCGAAGCUGCUCGUCGCGUUUGCCGCAUGGCUCGCGGGCUUUGACGGCCAGUUCGAGUUCGAGGAGAUUGGCGACUCGUACGUUGAGCCGCGCGUGCCCUACCGCGAGAUCCGCGCGCUCUCUGCGGUGAUCGGAGCGCUGCAAGUCCCCCUCGUGUUCCAGAUUUUGCGCGAGACGGGCACGUCGUGGAUCGUGGCUGUCGGUAGUGCGAUGGCCAUCCUGGUCGACAAUGCGCAUGUGCUGCAGACGCGCCUCAUCUUGCUCGAUGCGCCGCUCGUUCUCUUUGUGCUAAUGAGCCUGUACUCGUACAUCCGCUUCUACCAGCAGAGGUACCGCCCAUUUACCGCCGUGUGGUGGGCGUGGCUCCUUGCGACGGGCGUCUCGCUCGCGCUGACCGUGUCGUGCAAGCUCGUUGGUGUGUUGACGUUUGCGACGAUUGGCUCCGCCGUGAUCGCUGAUCUGUGGGCGCUGCUAGACAUUCGGCGUGGGCUCACGCUGCGCGUGUUCGUGAAGCACGUGUGCGCACGCGCAUUGGGCCUGCUGAUCGUGCCGCUGUUCGUCUACCUGGGCUGCUUCUACGUGCACUUUUCCAUCCUCACGCGCACGGGCCCCGGCGACGUGUUCAUGUCGCCGCGCUUCCAGCAGAGCCUGCAGGGCAACGACCUCCUGCAGCACUCGAUGGAGCUCCAUGCCUUUGAUACCAUCACACUCAAGCACAAGAAGACGGGCGCGUACCUGCAUUCGCACCCCCACACCUACCCCCACAAGUACGACGACGGGCGCAUCUCGAGCCAGGGGCAGCAGGUUACGGCACACGAGCAGCCCGACUCGAACAGCCUGUGGAAGAUCAUGCCGCUGGACCCUGUCGACAACGAGAGUGGCCAAUUUAACAAGACGCGCAGGCGCAUCUACCAUGGCCAGAAGAUCCGCCUCCUGCACGUCAACACAGACUCGUACUUGCUCACGCACGACGUGGCGGCACCGCUGAUGCCGACGAACGAGGAGGUUACGACGAUCCCUGCGGGCGAUCUCGCGGAGGACGAGGCGAACACGGUGUUUGAGGUGCACAUCUUUGGCGGCGUCGCGAACAGCACGUACUGGAGCAGCCGGCGCACGCUCGUGCACCUGGUCCACAAGGAGACGCGCGUUGCGCUCUGGACGUACCAGGACGGCGUCCUGCCUGACUGGGCGUUCGCGCAGCUCGAGGUGAACGGCAACAAGAAUGCCAUGGACAAGACCGCGCUUUGGUUCGUGGACGACGUGCAUCCGGACCCCGACUCGCCCAUGUACGAGCUGCGCACGCGGCGCCCCGACCGCCCGCGCGAUCCCGAGCCGAUCAGCUUCAUGGACAAGUUUGUGGAGCUGCAGACGACGAUGCUCGACCAGAACAACCGCCUGACGAGCGAGCACCCGUACGCGAGCCGCCCACAGUCCUGGCCGCUCGUGUCGGAUGGCGUGGCGUACUGGUCGAGCAAUCCGGAGCAGAAGCAGAUCGUCUUUCUGCCGAACCUCGUCAGCUGGUGGGGCGCCGUGCUGGGCCUCCUGGUGUUUGGCGCCAUCUACACGAUGGACCUGCUCUUCCGCCGCCGCGGCGUGUACUGCAUCCCAUCGGUCGUGCGCCAGCGGAGCCUCCGCACGACGGGCUUCUUUGUCAUGGCGUGGGCGUGGCACUACCUGCCCUUCUUCCUCAUGCAGCGCCAGCUCUUCCUCCACCACUACUUGCCCGCGCACGUGUGCAGUGUGCUCGCGAUGGGCAGUGUGCUGGACGAGCUGACAAGCGCGGCGAUGGACCUGCCGCUCAGCCCGCCCGGGCCCCUACUGGCACCUGGCCGCCUGCGCCCGCACAUGCGCCGCCGUCCCGUGCUCGCGACGUACGUGGCGGGCACCCUGCUCACGCUGGCGCUCCUCGGCAUGUUUGUCUUUAUGGCGCCGCUCACGUACGGUCACGUGGGCCUCGACGCCGACGCGAUCCGUGCGCGCCAGUGGCGCCCGACGUGGCGGAUGCAGUUCCUCAAGUAG